AUGAUUCCCCAACUUAUCCUCUCCAUCCUUCUACUGCUUCCUUUUCCCACAUUCCAACAAGAAAACUAUCAGGAAAUUAGUAUAUUUCCACCUUCGACCUGGCAUCAACACGUACAUGAUCCAUACCACGUGUAUUACAAUGGGAAUCAUCAUAAUGGAGGACGAGUGAUCGACCAUAGGAAUGAUCAAGUAAGAACCAGUCAUGGUCAUUUUCAUACUUGUGAAGGAUGGACUUGUCAUUCGGAUUUUACAAACAGAAAAUAA